AUGAGCGACACGUUUACCAAGCCGCCUGUGCCCAUUGCGGGGCUUCACGCUGGUAGCAAGAGUGACUUCGGCGAGGACUUGGACGUUGACGAGCUGAUUGAGCGUAAUCGCUGCCAUGAGGACUAUUACAAGCUAGAAGACUGCCUCGCAGACUUCGAUCGCGACUGGAGAAAGUGCCAGGAGCAGGUCAAGAAGCUCAAGCAGUGCAACGACCGCGUGAACCAACUGCGCAAGGCACAGGAGGCUGCCAGUAAGUAA